AAUGCAAUUCACUUUCGCUUUCAUUUGAUUUUGUGUUUCAUUUUGAAUACGAAAUUAGUUUUCAUUUCAUUUGUAUUGAGAUUUGCGUUGAGAUUAAGGUUUCGUAUCGUUUGUCACCAAAACUCAUGUAUUUUUUCUAAUCAUUUAACAGUAGUUUUGAAAAAAAAUUUCUAAAUCAACCGACACUUCAGUAUUGUCUACACAUAACACUCACCACUUCCUCCGGAAUCAAAACCUAUCGUAUCAGUGAUAAGACAGUUGUGGCCACAAUAUGGAGACCCAGAAGAAUACCCAAUCGCUGCCAUCGAGCGUCUCAUCGGUAUUCAUAGACACCGGGAAUCUGUUGGCACUUCAGGACAUCAAACGCAAGCUCUCUAUACUUCCCAACGAAGAGUUCGCGGACGGCAUCACACGAAUGGUGAGCCAAUGGGAGCCGAACGGCGAGCUCAAGACGGAUCCGUCGGUGGCCUUCGUCUGCGACAACACAUCCCCGGCGAUGGCGGCCUCCGAGAGGCAGACCUUCCGGAUUACAGUCAAACUGUUUCUGUUCGACGAGAGCUUCUGCGGCGCCGACUGUCCGACGCUGCGGAACGCCGUCGACAUUGUGCUCAAGAGGCUGGCCGUGGAGUCCAUCGAUUCGAUGAUCAUAUCGUUGCCGAUACGGCCGCAGAAGUUGUCGUUGGACGACAUGAAGCCCUUCUGGGAGUGCGCCGAGACGUACGUGAGAGACGGCAGGGCCGUCCAGUUGGGCGUCAGCGACCUGGACACCAGCCAACUGGAGGCGCUGUACGAGUGGGCGCCCACAUCCAAGCCCACCACCAAUCACGUCAAUCUGGAGGCCUGUUGUGUGAUUCCCGAGGAGAUGAGCGCAUACGCCAAACGCAAUAACAUUCAACUGCUCACACAUAACGACCCCAGAGAUUUCUUGCCUGAAUCGCGAUUUCAUGAGAUUAUGUCGCCAUUAGUGGCGGACAGUAAGCAAUGGAAGCGCGUGUGGAUCGCCCGGUACUCCAUAAUAGUGGCCGGAAAAGGCAUUUUGCAAACCAAAGGCUACAUAUUGUCGGCCAAGAAAUUGCCUCAAAAUUGA